AAUUUUGACACUCUUGCUGUCUUGAAAAGGAUUUUCAUUCUUUUGAGGAAGGUGGGGCAAAGUCGGAAGGGAACGAGAGAAAAUGUGGUGAAAUUAGGGUUUUGAUGUAUUCUUCGUUCACUGCAUACGGAUUGAGCUUUGAGCAGAGAGAUUUUUUCGAGUGAAACCAUGGCUAGUUCGCUUAGUCCUUCUUAAGCUCCGCGUAAAGUUUUCAUCUUUCGUGUUGCUUAGUUAUUGGCCGCUGUGCGGUUACUCUGCCUUCUCAAAGGAGUGCUGAAGCAAAUUUCUAUCUCAAAGUUUUCUACUUUUUCAUAUGAUCCUCUGGUUAAAUAUGUCUAACUUGUUGGAUAUGUCAAUUAGGGUAAGUUGAAGCAUUUUGUUGUUGUGAUGGAUAAACCUGGACCUCAACAACUGUUCCAGCACUCUUGCAUGGAACCUGGAUUUGGAAAUGAGUCUGUCUCUCAGGGUUUUAUGCCCGAGCAAAUGAGCAGCAUGAAUUCAAAUGCCCGACCUUCCGUGUCGAAUGCUUCAGAUGCUAGGCCGGGGCUUAAUUAUUCAAUGCAAACAGGAGAGGAAUUUGCCCUCGAGUUUUUGCGAGACAGGGUAAAUUCUCAAAGGUCUUCGAAUGCCCCUACCGCUGGUGACGUGAAUUACACCACAGGUUAUUUGGAGCUAAAAGGCAUUCUGGGCAUCAGCCACACAGGAUCUGAGUGUGGUUCGGAUGUUUCAAGGUUGAGUAUGGUGGAGAAUGGAAUGAGGGAGUAUGAAAGGACAAACUCUUCCCUUCAUGAAUUCGGGAAUAGACUUGGGCAUAUGCAGCCAGGACCACAAGUUUCAUUAAGUAAGGGUAGUAGCCAAGAGAAUUUACAUGGGUAUGCGUCUUUUUCAGUGUCGGGUAGUUUAACAGCAAAAAUGAAGGUCCUUUGCAGCUUUGGCGGGAAAAUACUUCCACGUCCGGGUGAUUCAAAGCUUAGAUAUGUUGGAGGUGAAACACAUAUCAUUUCCAUAAGAAAGGACAUAUCUUGGCAGGAACUCAAGCAGAAAAUUCUUGUUAUCUAUGACCAAGCUCAUGUUAUGAAGUAUCAGCUUCCUGGGGAAGAUCUCGAUGCUUUGGUGUCUGUUUCUUGUGACGAGGAUCUCCAGAAUAUGAUAGAGGAGUGCAAUGAGAUGGAAAACCGAGGGGGUUCUCAAAAGCUUAGGAUGUUUCUGUUCUCCAUUAGUGAUUUGGACAAUGCUAACUCUGGAAUGAACAGAAGUGGCCGUGAUUCUGAGUUCCGAUAUGUUGUAGCUGUAAAUGGAAUGGACAUCGAAUCAAGAAGGAACUCAAUGCUUCAUGGGAUGGAAGGCUCUUCUUCAAACAAUUUAGCCAAGUUGGAUGCAAGGCACUCUGAGGAGACCAAUGGUGGUGCUGGAAAUGUUGUUGGAGUUCCUACUUCACAGUUAAUGGGUAUUGGUUUCCCGCCAUCCUCUAUUCAAUACUCUCAGUCUAUUCCUCCAAGUUCCUCACUUCAGUAUUCUCUAUCUAUUCCACCACCAAAUACUUCACUUCAGUAUCAGCAAUCCAUUCCACCAAGUUCCACUCUUCAGUAUUCCCAGUCCAUUCCACAUAGUUCCUCACUUCAGUAUUCCCAGUCUGUUCUGCCAAGUACGUCUUUUCAAUAUCCACAGUCUAUCCCACCGAGUUCGUCAAGUUCCUAUGGAAUAUAUCCCCCGUUAUAUGGGCAUGUAGUUCAGCAUGGAGAAAGGGAACUGUUUUCAGUACACCAUCAUCAGAGUUCUAUGCCUUUCCAAGGGGUUGUUAAUCAGCAGGGCGGCUGGACUGAAGGGCAGCCAUAUCCUGGCACCACACCUCAAAACGCACCAAUGCUUGUGAAAGAGCUUAACGUAAAACAUGAUACAGAAUUUCAUGAAGGUGUAGAGCCUGAAAACUCUCAUCUUUUGGGAACCGACCACCAAAAUCCUGCUCAAAUGGGUGAUGAUGAGGUGAAGAGUAACAGUCAAAUUCUAGAGGCAUCAGUUUCCACAGCCGUACCUAACCAAGACUUGCAUUUACUCCCCCCGAGAAGGGAUACCCGUCAGAACAAUCCUGUGAAGCCUGCUACCUACCGUGAUGCCGUUACUGCUGGUCAGGUUCCUCCUGCAUCUGGUGAUAAUGACCAGCUUUCAACAUCAAGUGGUGCCUGUGGUCCAGCUCACAUCGACUCGGAGUCAAAUUUGAUCGACCUUAACUAUCCUGAACCUGUACAGCCCCUACAGAGGGUGUACCGUUCAGAGAAAAUACCCCGUGAACAGUUAGAAUUGCUAAAUCGCUUGUCGAAGUCUGAUGAUUCUUUAGGUUCUCAGUUACUAAUGUCCCAUUCACAUUUGAAUGCUGGGCAGCAAGAUCUGGAAAACGAAUUGGAUGGCAAGUCACGUGAAGAUUCUCAAAUGGUUCACGAUGUUACCCUUCAGAUGCACAAAGAUGUGGACACAAUUUCCGAGGAAGUAAGUGCAUCGGAUGAAGCCCUGGACUCUGGGUCGAGGCAUAGAAUUCCAAACUUUGAUACUGCAAACAGGGGCAAAAUCUUGAAUACUCCAGACAUUGAAACUGAAACUCCCGGUAUGAGCCAUGUAGACUCAAUUGUGGAUCCAGCUUCUUCGGGUGUGGCUGCUUCGCAGCAGGGAGAUAUUCUUAUUGACAUCAAUGAUCGAUUCCCACUGGAUUUCCUUUCUGAAAUAUUUUCAAAGGCAAUUUCUGAGGAUACAACCGGUGAUCUUCAAUAUCGGCAUGAUGGAGCUGGUUUAAGCUUAAACGUGGAGAAUCAAGAUCCCAAAAAUUGGUCAUAUUUUCAGAAGCUGGCAGAGGAGCAGUUUAGCCAAGGAGAUGGUUCUUACAUUGACCAAACUGGCUCCGGCUUUCCAGCUGAACUUAAAGAUGGUGGAGAUAUCUCUAAGUUACACCACAUUACGCCAGUGACUACAGCUGGCAUUUCCAUAAAUCUUACUGAUUCACAGAUGAAUUUAGGUCAAGAUUAUGGGGAUGAUAGUGCUGCUAGGGGUAGGGUUGGUGAUGAUACCAUUCCCCCUGAUCACAAGCAUGGACAGAUGAAGGUCAUGGAGAGUGAGGAGUUCAGCGCUAUGGUGGAGAAUCUCAGAACAUCAGAUUUUGAUAAACAGGAUGAAAAGAUAGAAUUUAGGCAGGCUGGCCUUCCUCCUCUAGAUCCAUCUCUGGCGGACUUUGAUAUCAAUUCCUUGCAGAUUAUAAAGAAUGAUGACCUUGAAGAGCUGAAGGAGCUUGGUUCUGGUACUUUCGGCACCGUGUAUCAUGGGAAAUGGAGAGGAUCAGACGUUGCCAUCAAGAGGAUAAAAAAGAGUUGCUUUGCCGGACGGUCAUCUGAGCAGGAGAGAUUGACUGUUGAAUUCUGGCGGGAGGCUGAGAUUCUUUCGAAGCUUCAUCAUCCGAACGUGGUGGCAUUUUAUGGAGUUGUACAAGAUGGACCUGGAGGAACAUUGGCUACUGUGACAGAAUACAUGGUUGAUGGCUCUCUGAGGCAUGUUUUAGUCCGCAAAGAUAGGUACCUUGAUCGCCGGAAGAAACUAAUCAUUGCUAUGGAUGCUGCGUUUGGGAUGGAGUACUUGCACUCGAAGAAUAUUGUCCACUUCGAUUUGAAAUGUGACAAUUUACUCGUAAACUUGAAAGAUCCUUCUCGCCCUAUCUGCAAGGUUGGUGACUUUGGCUUGUCGAAAAUCAAGAGAAAUACGCUGGUAUCUGGCGGUGUUCGUGGAACCCUUCCAUGGAUGGCUCCAGAGCUUCUGAACGGCAGUAGCAACAAAGUGUCAGAGAAGGUUGAUGUAUUCUCAUUCGGUAUCGUCUUGUGGGAGAUUUUGACGGGAGAGGAACCUUACGCUAACAUGCACUAUGGUGCCAUCAUAGGUGGGAUAGUGAAUAACACACUGAGGCCAACGAUACCGAGUCACUGUGACUCGGAAUGGAUGGAGCUUAUGGAGGAGUGUUGGGCUCCGAAUCCGGUGGCCAGACCUUCCUUCACCGAGAUAGCUGACCGUUUACGUGUCAUGUCCAAUGCAGCUUCGUCCAGCCAUACCAAAGCACACGCCCACCACAAGGCCUCCAAAUGAUACAAUAAACGGUAGAAAUAAAGGAAGAAGGUUGCUUUUUUUUUUUCAUGUGAAAGGGAAGAAAAGGAAAGGAAAGCCAGUUCUCAUUCUUUCUAUUUUCUGGGUUUAUUCCACUUUGGUAUUUUAGAUCAAAGGAGGGAGAGGGAGUUUCUUGAUCCUUUCUCUUAUUCUUUUUCUUUUACCCUUCUGAAAAAACAAAUGAAAAAGGAAGAGAUAUUUUUUUGGUAAUAUAUCAACAUUAGAUAUCA